CAGGCCAGGAGUCUGUAUAAAGCAAGUCAGCUCUUUGUCAGCACAGUCAUACCCAGCACUGCUCCUCCAGGACUCACCAUGAAGCUCCUCUCUCUGACACUCUGGCUGUGUUUAGCACUGGGCUUUACCAGCGCUGCUCCAUCGCACCAUGACAGAAUGAUGGCAGAUCCGGCCCAGGAGGAGGCUCAUCAUGCUGCCAAGCUAAAUCGGUGUGAUGGCGUUGAGUUUGAUGCCAUCGCCCCUGAUGAGAAAGGAGACACCUUCUUCUUUAAAGGUGACCACCUGUGGAAGGGCUUCCAUGGAACAGCUCAGCUCUCCAACGAGACCUUCAAGGAGCUGGAUGACUACCAUCACCUGGGACACGUAGACGCUGCCUUCCGCAUGCACAGCAAGGGACACCCCGAGGACCACGAUCACAUCUACCUCUUCUUGGAUGAUAAAGUGUUCAGCUACUUUAACCAGACUCUGGAGGAGGGCUAUCCAAAAGACAUCCAAGAGGACUUCCCAGGUGUCCCCAGAGACCUGGACGCCGCUGUGGAGUGUCCACAGGGAGAAUGUAUCUCUGACUCGGUCCUGUUUUUCAAAGGAGAUACGGUGUACAGUUAUGACAUCCCGACCAAGUCAAUAAAACAAAAGGUGUGGCCUCAACUUCCCCACUGCACCUCCGCCUUCCGUUGGCUGGAACAUUACUACUGUUUCCGAGGAAAGGAGUUCACCAGGUUCCAUCCCGUUACCGGGGCUGUGGAGGGAGAUUACCCCAAGGAUGCUAGAGCUUACUUUAUGAGGUGCCCGAAAUUCGGUCAUGGUCAUGGGGGUAGGUCAAUGGUGCCCAAAUGCAAUGAGAUCAGCCUGAAUGCCAUUACAAUCGACAGCGCUGGUAGAUACUACGCCUUCAGAGGUUCUUACUACAUGCGCCUGGACACGCACCGCGAUGGCAAACAUGCCUUCCCUAUCACCAGGUCCUGGAAGGACAUUCCCGGGGCCGUUGAUGCUGUCUUCAACCACAAAGACAGGAUGUACAUGAUUGCGGGGGAUCAAGUCUACAUUUACAAGUCAGCUGCCCACUACACUCUCAUCGAGGGCUACCCCAAAUCCCUGAAGGAGGAGCUGGGCAUCGAUGGCACUGUGAAUGCAUCUCUUUUGUGUGCUGAUGAAGAUAUUGUGCAUUUUAUUCAAGGCAGUAAGAUGCUUGACGUUGACCUGUCUGCCACCCCCAGGACAGUGAAGAGUGACUCUCCUCUGCCUAUUGGGGGGAUCACUGCUGCCAUGUGUGGUCCUGAUGGGGUCAGAGUGUUUGUGGGGUCCGAGUACUAUGACUAUGCAACCCCUAGGCUGCUGGCCUUCAGCAAGAUCAGGGUCCGGCCCCAACAAAUUACUUCCGGGAUGUUCAACUGUGAGGACUAGGAUGAUGGGAGCCCACUCCUGAACGUUCACCCAGGACAUUGUAACUGAAUGUGAUUGGAUGGUUUCAAGAACAGGAAUUGAUUUUCUUUGUCGAUAAUCAACUGUUGGCUCUGUACACAACUUGGCUUUAAAUGUUUGGCUAUCAUAAACUGGUAUUUUCACACUGAA